GUUAAUAAAGACGGAUCAUCGGCGGUCAGAAACUUUUUAUUUGAAAUUACAGCAGGACGCACCAACACUAGCCAUAUUAGGAGAACUAACUAACAAUAUAAUGAAGUUCCGAUCAAAAAUGAUUGAUGUUGGGUGCUUGAAUCAUUUCACGCGAGUGGUUAAUACCAUAUCCAAACUAACGAAGACAUGCGUCCUGCGACUGACGACUGACAAGCUCUACUUCGUCCUCUCCGGCAAAGUAGCCAGUGGAGGAGUUGGGAUGUGGUGCGAGCUCUCACAGGCCAACUUCUUCGAUGAGUACCAGCUGGAAGGUGUGUCCGCUGACGCCAACGAGAUCUGUCUGGAGAUGGCCCCAGAUAACCUGUCCAGAGCCCUGAGGACAACACAGAACGCCAAGACUGUCAAGAUCAAACUGACCAAGAAGCACUGUCCCUGCCUCACCCUGGCUGCAGAGCUGCCAACACUGUCCAGCAUCAGUAGAGUAGUCACCCAUGACAUCCCAGUAGAUGUGAUUCCCAGAAGAUUGUGGAAUGAGUUCAAGGAGCCCAGUAUGCCAGACUUUGAUGUCAGUAUCUACAUGCCACCACUGAAGACUAUGAAGAAUGUUGUGGACAGAAUGAAGAAUCUCUCCAACUUCCUGGAGAUAGAGGCCAACCUGAGUGGAGAGAUGAACCUGAAGAUUGAGACAGACCUGGUCUCUGUUACAACCCACUUCAAAGACCUCGGGAACCCACCCUGGGGUGAGGACGGUUCUCAGGAGCGGAGCCAGAGCAGGGAUCCAGAGCUGAUGGCCCGUACACGGGUGGACAUCAGGAAGCUGCAGCAAUUCCUUAUGGGACAACAGGUCAACCCCAGCAAGGCCAUGUGUAACAUCAUCCAUAAGAGGAUCAUCCACCUGAUUCUCCUGCAUGAAGACGUGUCCCUGCAGUACUUGAUCCCUGCCGUGGCCUGAGGGCCCACACUUCUGGAUCACCCCCAGGACACUCACUUGGCCUGAUCAGAUGGACCCAAUGUCUAAAUGUUACACUUCUAGUUUGUCAUACUAGCACUUCUAAGACUAGUUUGUCUGUCUUAUAUUUCUGGGCUUGAUAAGUAUUUGAAAUGUUGUUUCAAACUGUAAUUGACAGAGGUCUGCUUCUAACCAUAGGUCUUAUUUACUGAAAUUCAUACUUUAAUGAUGACAUUCCAACAGUAUUUUUUUGUCACUAUGGAGUGUUUUGUAGAUAUGAAAUUUAACAGUUUAUGUUCCAAUGUUGUAUUUUAGACACCUUCAACAAAAUAGGCAAUUGCCGUAUCACUCUACAUGUCUGUAUUAUGUAUUUUUUAUACAAUACAUUGCAUGAUUAUUUUUAAUAUUGUUGAUCACAAUUUGUCAUUUGACUGGCAUUCAAUUGGUAUAUCAAAUUGAUACAAUAAUUAAUUAAUGCCUCUCCAACUUGUCCACCAGGUGGUGCAAUGUGAUCAAAUAAAUAUAAAAUAUUUUCUGUGGCUGA